AUGGGAGUUUGUCAGAGCUCUUGUGCUAACACCAGCAGUCUCGAGUACUACGACGCCUGGGGGCAUCAGGUACCUGUGCUGGUUAUCGCUCCAAGAACGACACCAAGUUAUGGAUGUGUGAACGUGGCUGCUGCUCCAUCCGCUGGAAACUCGACUAUGCUGUUCCAGAACUACUUUAAGUACGUCGAGGUGUCUCCGUAUGUGGUGCUGCAGGAUAAGACCCGGCAAUGCGAAUGCGUCAUGUGUCGCGGAGUGACGGACGCCACUCAGCCUCAACGAAGGUGGAAGAACCGAGUCCUGCCGAAGAAGGACAGCAACUCGCUUACCGACGAAUCACUCUCAGACGAAGAACCAGAGAGGCUGGAGAGUCCGUAA